AUGUGUGAUCAUAUGUAUUCUCCCGUUUUCAUACCCUUUGCUUUUUUUUCUAUUGUGAAAUGCCACAACAAGUGCUCAUUUGUGUGUAAUCGAAGCGGGAAGGACAUGUCGAUCAAGGACGUCAAUGUGAAGAGCGGGAAGCUGGAGGAGAAGCUUAAGGGGAAACUAUUUUUGGGUGGCGUGAAGCCCUCCGAGGAGGAUGUAAAGGCAUUCAACGAUCUGCUCGGUGGAGACAAUACGAAUGUAUUCCGCUGGGUGAAGAAUAUCGCCUCUUUUACCGAGGCCGAGCGCACUGCCUGGGGUGCCCCCGUGAAGAUCACGCCCCCUGUUGCCGCUCCUGUCGCUGCCCCCGCUGCUGCCCCCGCUGCUGCUCCCGCUGCUACCCCAGCAAGGAAGGCUGCUGAGGCCGACGACGAUGACAUCGAUCUCUUCGGUGAGACCACGGAGGAGGAGCUUGCAGCCCUGGAGGCGAAGAAGAAGAAGGAUGCCGCAGCCAAGAGCACAAAGAAGGUUAUCAUUGCAAAGUCAUCAAUCCUGUUUGACAUCAAGCCGUGGGAUGAUACAGUGGAUUUGCAAAAGCUUGCCACGGAACUCCAUGCAAUUAAGAGAGACGGUCUACUGUGGGGUGACCACAAACUGGUACCCAUUGCGUUCGGAGUUAAGAAGCUGCAACAGUUGGUUGUCAUUGAGGACGAUAAGGUGUCUGGAGAUGACCUGGAGGAGAUGAUCAUGUCUUUCGGAGAUGCCGUACAGUCAAUGGACAUUGUGGCCUGGAAUAAAAUCUAG